CGAAGACCAGGAGUCGAGUAACACAGCUGGACAGCUGUGCCGCCUGGGAUAGGCGAGCCUAUAUGUGCGACACAGGGUGAAGCUGCGGCGUUCACUGGCUUUUGCCACCUUGUCGUCUUGCUCCUCAUCAUGCGGCUUCGCGUUCCGUCCGCUGGGCACUUCGCAAUUUGACGAGUGGGCUAGAGUGGCUGAUUGAGGUACGGAGCAGGCAAGAGUGCGGCCUCGGUAUGGGAGACCCCAAGGAGGAAGAAGAUGCUCAGAGCCGCCGAUAUUCAAGCUCGCCGGAGCCGGAUCAAUCCGCUUUCAAGACUCGAAUGAUGCAGUUCCAAUAUUCUGCUGCCGCAGACUCGCCCAGCCCACGACGAUCCUCCCGAAUCUCAAGCAGACCUUCACCUAGUCAUACUCCAAGUCCUGCUAGUUCUGCACGGAAGAAACGACCUUUGGCCACGGAAUCACUCUCUCACGGAACGGACGAGCUUGACGAAACUUCGGAUCUUGACUCUCCAGUUACGAAAGGCGGUGCUGUAACGCCGAAGUUAAAGAAGAGGAGGAGCACAACAAAAGAGCGUUCAGCAAAGGACCCGUACAGUCCGGCCAAUAACCUGGUAGACAGCCUGCGACCAGGAUUGACCUUGGUCUGCAUCGGCCUCAAUCCAGGGCUUAUGACUGCUGCGACUGGGCACGCUUAUGCACAUCCAUCCAAUCGAUUCUGGCAUCUGCUUCACGAUAGUGGUGUCACGCCAAAGAAGCACAUCCCAGCCGAGACACGAGACUUGAUGGACUUGUAUCAGAUUGGCAAUACAAAUAUAUGUGAGCGGCCUACAAGGAGCGGAGAUGGGCUGAGCAAGCAAGAAUUGGAAGAGGGAGCUGUCGUUCUCGACAAGAAAAUCGCCACAUUCAGGCCAGAGGCUGUCGUGAUUGUCGGGAAGGGCAUCUGGGAAUCUCUCUGGCUCGUGAAGAAAGGACAGAAAAAGUUCAACGACCCAAACUUUCAUUGGGGCUGGCAAGAUGAGGACAUGCAAAUCGGCAGGACGAUGGAUGCCGAGGGGGAAGUCGUAUGGCCUGGCUCAAAGACGUUUGUGGCAACCUCUACAAGCGGUCUCGCAGCGACUCUCAGACCAGCAGAGAAACUUGCUAUCUGGAAACCGCUGGGUGAUUGGAUGACUUUGAAACGAAAAGAGAGGGAAGCAUCGAAGCUUGUAUCGUCCGACUGAUGCAAGUAUUGGAAUAUACUACGUACCUAGGUAUACCCGAUGCAUUGUCCAGCCUUGUGACGAUGCCAAGACUCUGUAUAGAACCCUUUUUUCCGUCCGUGAUGCCUGUGCCAGCCUUGCUUGAAGGUGCAUUGAGGCCACGACAGUUCAUCACUCCAGUUCAUGGACUGCCACGAAAUCCAUCAUUUGACCCUCAUGAGAUGUACAAGGUGACAA